GAUAUUGUAUUGUUGGUUUUUUCUUCUUAUCGGUAAGUAGCACACGUCAUUUACGCGUCUAAGUAACGCGUGGAAUCAUUGAAAUAUCUCCCCUUCAAAUACUCUUUUCAUUCCAAAAAAAAAACAAUAGAACUUUGCUAAACGUUGGCUCAAAUUUUCAAGGAGAUAAAUCUAAAGCAUUUUAGGUUUUGAAGUUGAAAAAGGAUUUAUUAAUAUCCUGUGGUACUGGUGAAAUAUGGGAGGCGGUAAGGAUAAGGAUGAGUCUUCGGAUAAGGGACUCUUUUCCCAUCUUGCGAGUGGUGCGGCUGGUCAUUUUGCAGGUCAUCAUAGUGGAUACCCUCCGCAGCAAGGGUAUCCUCCUCAAGGGUACCCUCCGCAGCAAGGGUAUCCUCCUCAAGGGUACCCUCCUCAGCAGGGGUAUCCUCCUCACGGGUACCCUCCGCAGCAGGGGUAUCCUCCACCAGGAGGUUACCCACCUUCUGGUUAUCCUCCACAACAAGGAUAUCCUCCACAAGGUGGUCAUGGUUCUUCACACCAUUCAGGGCAUGGUGGUAUGGGGGCAAUGUUAGCUGGAGGUGCUGCAGCUGCUGCUGCUGCCUAUGGUGCUCAUAAGAUAUCCCAUGGAUCUCAUCACAUGGGACAUGGUCACAUGGGACAUGGUAUCCCUGGUUUCCCAUCUGGAGGCAAGUUUAAGCAUCACGGAGGCAAGUUUAAGCAUGGAAAGCAUGGGAAAUUCAAACAUGGAAAGCAUGGGAUGUUUGGAGGAAAGAAAUUCAAGAAGUGGAAGUAAAAUUAGUUACAGCAUCAAAAACUUCACCUGACUUUACAGUGUGCUAAAUAAGACAAUACUACGUGUUAUUAUGGCCUAUAGGCCUGUGAGAUCUUGUCUUUUUAUAUUGUAUUUUCAAUACUGAAUUGAGUGACUCUGAAGUUUAAUAGCCCCAGAUGGGCCUAAACUUCUCUUAUUUCCAA